AUGAUCUUCAUAGUGGACCUGCUGCUGAUGCUCAUCGACCUGACCUACUCCAUCCUGGCUGCGGUCAUCCAGACCUUCCUCCGGCCGAGGCUCAAGAGCAUCGAUGGGGAGCUGUGUCUCAUAACAGGGGCCGGGGGCGCGCUGGGUCGCCUGUUUGCCGUGGAGUUCGCCAAAGAGGGCGCGCACCUGGUACUGUGGGACUGCAACACGGCCGCCAACGAGCAGACCGCCGAGCUGGCACGGGAAGUGGGAGUCGAGGUGCACACGUACACGGUGGAUCUGUCCAAGCGCCAGAGCAUCUACGAGGCGGCGGACAGGGUGAGGGCGGAGGUCGGGGAUGUGUCGAUCCUGGUGAACAACGCGGGCGUGGUGGCCGGGAGGAGGCUGCUGGACUGUCCCGACGAGAUCCUGGAGAGGACCCUGCUGGUCAACUGCCACGCGCUCUUCUGGAUGACAAAGGCCUUCCUGCCCCAGAUGAAAGCAAAGAACCAUGGACACAUUGUUACUAUCGCCAGUGCUCUUGGACUCUUCAGCACAGCAUGUGUGGAGGAUUACUGUGCGAGUAAAUUUGGAGCUGUAGGUUUCCAUGAAUCACUGACACACGAGCUGCUCGCAGAAGAACUGGACGGCAUCAAAACGACUUUAGUCUGCCCUUACAUUGUAGACACAGGGAUGUUCGCAGGCUGCGAGAUCAGGAAGGAGCUCAGGAGUCUGAUUCCACCUCUGCAACCGCUCUACACCGUGCAGCAAUCCAUGAAGGCCAUUUUAGCCGAACAGCAAAUGAUCUGCAUCCCUCGCAUCAUGUACAUCCCGUUCCUCACACGAGCGUUGCUACCGUGGGAGGCAAAUGUGGCAACAUAUCGCUUCAUGGGAGGAGACAAAUGUAUGCUGCCCUUCAUCAAGAACGUUGAAAUGAAGACGUCUAACGGCCACAUAAAAUCCUCCUGA